AUGGCCAAUGCUACGAGUCCUGGUGGUGGCUAUCGAAAAGGAGAUGGAGCACAGGAAGAGAAUAUUUUCCGUCGUUCGGAUUACUAUCAGAGUCUUGAUGGUGAGUUAGCUGAUACUGAUCGAUCAGAACGGAUUUUUUGUACAUCAAAAUGUGAAUUGAAACCAUUCGCUGGUUAUGGAGGCUUAUAUCCGAUUCCAGAAUUUGGAGCAAUUUAUACCUCUGGUAUCACUGUAUUUCGUCAGACUGAAACGAAUGGGUAUGCUUAUAUGAAGAAUCCGCUUUACAAUGUCUGUGCUAUUGCCAUACCUGCCUAUCGAGAUCCGGAAUUAACCAGAAACAAUAUGCUCGAGAAUAAAUUUGCUGUAAAAACGCAUAAAAAGAUCGAGAAUAUUUUUACCAUUGCACAUCAUCAUAAACAUGAUUGUUUAGUAUUAUCUGCUUUUGGCUGUGGUGCCUUUCGGAAUCCACCUGAACAUAUUGCUGCAUUGUUCAAAUCGGUAAUCUACUAA